AUGAAUCUCAGUAAGCCCAUCAAACAUCUCAUAAAGAAUAUGGCACUACGACCAUUCGACUUUCCCAUUCCCGACUACCCAUUACCUCCAUACCCCAUCUCUACAGAAUUAUGCGAUAUUAUAUGUGGCUUUGGUCGUGGUUCAGCUGAACUUGGGAUUCCAACUGCAAAUGUGCCCAUCGAGCAGCUACCAGCUGAAAUCAAUGACUUGGAUCUGGGUGUGUAUUUUGGGUUUGCCAAGAUCAAUAAAGUAGAUAAAUCUGUACUAAUGGUCGACAGGAACGAUGGAAGACAAGUUCAAUAUAAUUUUGGAAAAUUUCUAAGUGCAAAGAAUGGCGAUUUAGACACUUUACCUGUUGUACUUUCAAUUGGAAAGAAUCCGUUUUAUGAUAACAAAUUCAAGACAGUGGAACUUCACGUACUUCAUAAAUUCUCACAUGAUUUCUACGGUGCAAAACUUAAGUUUAAUAUUCUUGGCUAUAUUAGACCUGAAUUGGAUUAUACCACUAAAGAAGCCUUAAUCAAUGAUAUAAAUAUUGACAUCGAGAUCACAAAGAAAGUAUUAAGCUACGAAGGCUAUGCUAAAUAUAAAGAUAUCUUGAAUGCCUGA